UUAAGGUUUCCCACGCAGUCAGAGGGGAAAAAAUGUACAAAACUCUCAAAACAUUCGAACCGUGGGCCCAUGUGUGUUUAAAUGGUUACUCCAUUUUCUUUUUCAGCGUGUGCUUUCUAAUAAUAACCAGUUUUACGAACAUGGGGCAGGAGGACAUAGGCUACUGAAACUUGAAUGUAGACUACAGUCCAAGCUUCACAACAACUUCAACUGAAUUAAGUCAACAAGUUGCUGCUAAGGGGGGUUCUGGGUGUUUGAGUUAUAGUAGGCCUACUGGUCAGCGCUAUUUCUGUCCAUAUAUGCACUCAGCUAAGACCUACAAGCUUAUUCACUGUCCUCUGCCUGGAUGGACAGCUGAAGUUGCCAAUCACUCUAUUAGCUGCACCCAUAGGGACCAACCCGCCAAUCCCGCAUUGAUGGGACCUGGACAAAAAUAACCCGUGUGUGUGUGUGUGUGUGUGUGUGUGUGUGUGUAUGUGUGUGUGUGUGUGUGUGUGUGUGUGCGAUCUCAGUGCCAUGUCUUCGUCCUGAGUACGCACUAAUAAUAGGAGUCCCCCUGCUCCUUUAAGAGCCUACUUGUUGCAUAGUCCUCAAAUAUAAAGAAACAUAAUGGUGAUUAAAGUAUUCCUCGCCUCGUCAUCAGGAUCCACUGCGAUCAAAAAGAAACAGCAAGAUGUGGUGGGCUUUUUGGAGGCUCUUAAAGUGGACUACACUCAGUUGGACAUCGCCUGCAAUGAGGAGAACCGCAUGUGGAUGAGGCAGAAUGUCCCAGAGGAGAAGAAGCCCAACACUGGCAUCCCCCUGCCCCCUCAGAUCUUCAAUGACGAGGGCUACUGUGGGGACUAUGAGACAUUCUUUGAUGCAAAGGAGGACAACUCAAUCCAUGCCUUCCUGGGGCUGCCCCCUCCUCCAGGGUCAAAGGAAGCAGAAAAGGCAGAGAAUGCGGAUAUUGUGAAGAAUGGGACCCACGCUGAGAAUACAAAUGCAGAUGGCGACCUUGAUGACUUAAUAGAGGUUCCAGUAGAGGAGCGUAAUGGAGAUGCACACACAGAGGAGGAGCUGCUAGAUGCAGGUGAUGAGGAGGAGGAAGAAGCUGAGGUUUGCGAGGAGGAAGAAGUAACAGAGGGGGAGGCCGCAGAUGACGAAGAAACAGCUGGGGAGGAGCUCCCUGCAGAGGAGGAGGAGGAGGAGGCAGUAGAAGAAACAGAUGAGGUCACAGAAAACAUACAGGCUCAAGCAGAGGAGGAAGAAGGACAGGAGGAAGCUGAUGAAGACAGGGAGGAAGAGGAUUUGCAGUCAGAGCCUGCUGACCAGCUAUCUGUUAUUCCUUGUAGGAGGAAGAAGAGCUACGACAGCUUGAGGAGGAAGAAGAGGCUGAAGUUCAAGAGGAGGAAGAGGCUGAGUAGAGGCAGACGACAUGGUCACAUUGACUUACUUCUGUCCAGCCUGAAGGAGCCUUCAGUUUGUCUCUCCCUGACCCCUGAAGCUUGACCUCCCUCUGUCCCGUCAGACAACCCCCCUACCCUCCCCAAAAGCCACACUGGACUUCACUGGAAACUGUUGAUUGUGUGCUGAAAAUACUGAAAGUCCUAACCUACAACUGCCCUCAUCCCAUCCCUCUCUUUUUGACUGAAAUGUUGACUUAAUUUUUAUAUUUGCCUGUAGAGACAUGCUGUUAUAAAAAUGUGCAGUUGUUUUGUAAAACUCAAACAUAUUUCUCAUGUUUAUGUUUCUCACUUUAAGAAAUUACAAAAAAACCUUUGGCUCGCCAGCUCUACUUCAGGAGGUUCACAUCUCAAUGUUUCAUAUUGAACUCUGUCGUAAAGACUCUUGUAUUGUGUAUUUUUUUUUAAACUUUAACCACCAACUUUUACCAACUAAAUGUAGAAAUGGAAACCAAGACUUUUAAUGGCCACAUGGCUUGAAAUAUGUACAUUAUCUAAGCCUGCAGACAUACUGCACCUCUAUGAAUGCUUCUGCUAAUACUACUGUCUAAUCAAUGCACUAUUUAAUAAGGAAGGAAACAUGUGUCCGAGGAUUGGAUGCUAGAAAGAUGCAAUAAAGUAGACUGAUCUAAAAACUCA